UCAGGAAGGUGCUCCUCUGGUUGGGGCUUCCUGCUCCUCCUGCUCUCUGGACUGCUUUCCUCAGCGUGGCUGCUGUGUGUCUGCUGGGUCAGAAGAAGUACAGCCAAGAAAAUGUGCCAGGAAGCUGACCUGGGAGGUACCUGAGGAUUGGAAGAAACCUGGCUUGUCAGGCUCCAGAGCAAGGAGGUUGUGAUUUGUUUGCAUCUGGACACCGAUGGUUCAUGAUUUGCCUGGAACUCCAUGCAGUAUUACAGUUGAAGGCUGAGAGAAAGGAAGGAUCAAGACCAAAUUCUGGAUCUACUAAACAGCUGUCCUCAGCUUUCUAAUCGGUCCCUGUUAAGUACUGAAAGGCCACCCGAAGCUCUCCCUGGAGCCUUCUCCUCACCAGGCUCAGCACCUGCAGUUCUCACAGCCUGGCCUCGCCGCAGCAGAGUGGUUCCAGCGUCUUGAUCAUAUCGCUACGUUGUGACUUCAAUCGUUCUGGAGUAUCUCACGUGUAAUGCAAGCUAGUUCGUUUUAGAGGCAAAGGUAAGCUGCUCUUCUCCCGCUCUGGGACGGGGCCCCCAAAGAAGCCCUGGUUAAGAAGCACAGGGAAGAGCUCUCCCCGCUGGUGAGCCGCCCUGCCGGUCCGCGUUCUGCCAGUUGCAUCCCGCGAUUCGACGGGCUCCGUGCGGCACCUUCUGCCCCAACCGUGGUGGGCUCGGUGGGAAGCAGGGAUGCGGGGAGCGGCGGCAGCCACGGCCGGUGCAACACCCCCCCCUGCGGGCCAGCCCGCCGCGGCGCCGGGCUAGGGAAGCGGGGGAGCCAGAACGAACCGCCAAGAGGGGCUUGGAGGACGCGAAGGGCUGCAUGGCGUGUGGCGAGGAAUCGGUGUGCUAUGAAACCUGGAGUACUCGCGGUGGGAGCGUGCUCAGCACAGCUGAAUUUCAUUCCUGACAUUAGAGCUCCCAGGGGCGUGGGGGUGAUUACACCCAGGUGAUCCUCGUACUCCGUCCCCUGUGCCGGUUAGAGCUCAGGUGGUUGAUUGAUAUUAAUACGUCUCCUAUUUUGUGUCGUGUUUCAGAAUGAGCUUUUUUUUGGUUAAAGAAGUUGCCGGUGGGAAGCAAACAUCAGAAUUGUUGGCGAUGGUGUCUUGGGUAGGGAGCCGGAGAGCGGAGGGGCGGUGCACGCCGUUAACUCUGCCGAAAGUAAAGUGAACGAAUCGUGAAAACGCCCCUUGCCAGCAGCGAACGCCCCAAGCUGCUCCAACAAAGCACCCCCUAAUGGGGCCCGCCGGGCUCUAGCAGAGGGUCGCUCCUUCCCCUCCCCAUCCCCGCGCCGCUCUCAGCCGCUAUCCUCGUCCUCCGAUUAACGCAAUCCCUGCAUUUCCCCUCCCUCGCCGCUGGAUCAGGGCAGCGAGCCCCGAUUUGCUGGCGCGGAGCUGCACUUCAACCGCCACCGACAGCAAUUUGCGUGUGUGCGCGGCUGGGCUGCAACCGGCAUUAGCAAAACCCCAACCCGCCCCCCAGCGCAGACACCUCCUUCGGUGCGCGGAGGGGAGGGGGAACUGGGGCUGGUGCCCCCGCCGCGGCGGGGCAGCGGGGCCGGCUCUGCGCGGGCGCGGCCGGCGCCGGGCUCGGUGGGAGCUUCCCGCCCGCCUCCCGCUCGCUCUCCGCGCCUCCCGCCACCACUUCGGCAGCUCUUCCAAGCAGCACCGCGGCUCCGGCUGAGCUGCCGGAGCCGCCGCCGCGCCCGAGCCACCAAUGCGGGGGAUAUUUGCAGGGAGGCAGCGGCACCGCGGCAGCGGGGAGGGCAGGUGAACUCCGGGGGAAAGAAGGAAGGAUGUCCGGCGUCGCCGCGAUCGUCUUUCUUCUGCAGCUCUUGACCAGGGUGGAGGGACAGCUCUUCCCAGGUGGUUGUUCAUUCGAUGAGCACUACAGCAACUGUGGUUAUAGUGUGGCCUUGGGAACCAAUGGAUUUACCUGGGAGCAGAUCAAUACCUGGGAGAAGCCAACAAUGGAUCCUGCUGUCCCAACGGGCUCCUUCAUGAUGGUGAACAGCUCCGGGCGGGCGUCUGGGCAGAAAGCUCACUUGCUCUUGCCCACGCUGAAGGAGAACGACACUCACUGCAUUGACUUCCACUACUACUUGUCCAGCAGAGACCGCUCCAGUCCCGGCUCGCUCAAUGUCUAUGUGAAGGUGAAUGGAGGUCCCCAGGGCAAUCCCAUAUGGAACGUCUCGGGGGUUGUGACAGAAGGCUGGGUGAAAGCAGAACUUGCCAUCAGUACCUUCUGGCCACAUUUCUACCAGGUGAUCUUUGAGUCUGUCUCCCUGAAAGGACACCCAGGUUACAUAGCUGUGGAUGAAGUCAGAGUUCUCGCCCAUCCAUGCAGAAAAGCACCUCACUUCCUGCGGCUUCAGAACGUGGAGGUGAACGUAGGCCAGAAUGCAACGUUCCAGUGCAUUGCUGGGGGGAAGUGGUCACAGCAUGACAAGCUCUGGCUCCAGCAGUGGAAUGGAAGGGACACGGCGUUAAUGGUCACUCGAGUGGUCAACCACAGGCGUUUCUCUGCUACUGUCAGUGUGGCUGACACCUCCCAGCGCAGCAUCAGCAAGUACCGCUGCGUCAUUCGCUCAGACGGCGGAUCUGGAGUCUCCAAUUAUGCAGAGUUAAUAGUGAAAGAGCCCCCAACUCCUAUUGCCCCUCCUGAGCUGCUGGCUGUCGGAGCCACGUACCUCUGGAUCAAACCCAACGCCAAUUCCAUCAUAGGAGAUGGGCCCAUCAUACUGAAGGAGGUGGAGUACAGGACGACCACUGGGAACUGGGCAGAAACACACAUUGUGGACUCUCCUAAUUACAAACUGUGGCAUUUGGAUCCUGAUGUGGAGUACGAGAUCAGAGUGCUGCUUACUCGCCCUGGAGAAGGAGGCACAGGGCCCCCUGGGCCACCGCUCACAACAAGAACAAAAUGUGCAGACCCUGUCCACGGACCACAGAACGUAGAAGUUGUUGAUAUUCGCUCCCGGCAGCUGACGCUGCAGUGGGAGCCCUUUGGUUACGCAGUGACUCGCUGCCACAGCUACAAUCUCACGGUCCAGUACCAGUAUGUGUUCAACCAGCAGAAGUUUGAGGCAGAGGAGCUCAUCCAAACUUCUUCCCACUACACCUUGCGAGGUCUUCGACCCUUCAUGACCAUCAGGCUGAGGUUAGCCCUCUCUAACCCGGAGGGCAAAAUGGAAAGUGAGGAGUUGGUUGUGCAGACAGAGGAAGAUGUUCCUGGACCAGUUCCCUUGGAAUCCAUCCAGGGAGGACCUUUUGAAGAGAAGAUCUAUGUUCAGUGGAAGCCUCCAAAUGAGACAAAUGGCAUCAUUACACUCUAUGAGAUUACAUACAAGGCCGUUGGGUCUCUGGAUCCCAGUGCUGACCUCUCCAGCCAAAGAGGGAAAGUCUUCAAGCUAAGGAAUGAAACACAUCACCUCUUUGUAGGAUUAUACCCAGGGACUACGUAUUCAUUCACCAUCAAAGCCAGCACAGUGAAGGGCUUUGGGCCCCCCAUCACAACACGGAUUGCAACUAAGAUUUCAGCACCAUCCAUGCCGGAAUACGACACAGACUCCCCGCUGAAUGAGACGGACACUACCAUCACAGUGAUGCUGAAGCCAGCUCAGUCCCGGGGAGCACCUGUCAGUGUCUACCAACUUGUUGUCAAGGAGGAGAAGCUGCAGAAAGCACGGAGAGCUGCUGACAUCAUCGAAUGCUUCUCUGUCCCAGUGAGCUACAAGAAUGCUUCCAGUCUCGACUCCCCACACUACUUUGCAGCCGAGCUGAAGCCCAUCAACCUGCCUGUCACACAGCCAUUCACAGUGGGUGACAACAAAACCUACAAUGGCUACUGGAAUGCUCCACUGUCUCCUUUGAAAAGCUACAGCAUAUACUUCCAGGCUCUUAGCAAGGCAAAUGGAGAAACAAAGAUCAACUGUGUCCGGCUGGCGACAAAAGCAGUAAUAGGUAGGCAACAGGUGACCACGCGCAACCCGCCCAGCCUCUUGAGCACAGGAGCUUCCACCCAGAAUUCCAAUGCAGUGGAACCAGAAAAACAAGUUGACAGCACAGUGAAAAUGGCUGGAGUCAUAGCUGGGCUGCUGAUGUUUGUCAUUAUCCUCUUGGGAGCAAUGCUUACCAUCAAGAGAAGAAGAAAUGCAUAUUCCUACUCCUAUUACUUGCAUUCAAGCCAGUGUUUUAGGGGCCUCUCUGUCUUCUACAGGACCAGGAAGCUAGCCAAGAAGCAGAAGGAGACUCAGACCAGCACACAGAGGGAGAUGGGUCCUGUGGCUACUUCUGACAAGACCUCUACCAAACUCAGUGCUGUUCACAAUGAAGAAGCUUUUUCUUCCAGCUGCCAAGAUGUUAAUGGAUUCACAUCACCCUCUCCUUGUUCAUUUUCUGUCCAAAGCAAAACCCUUCAGAGCAAAUCUCUGUUGAAUUCCUACUACUCAGUAUCAUCAGACACUGUUCCAUCGACCACGCUGUUAGACAGUAGCCAUGGAGAGAUGACCCAGCCAACCCUGACUAUCCAGACCCACCCGUACCGCAGCUGUGAGCCAGUGGAGAUGUCCUACCCCCGCGGGCAGUUCCAGCCAGCCAUCCGCGUGGCUGACCUGCUGCAGCACAUCACCCAGAUGAAGCGAGGACAGGGCUAUGGAUUUAAAGAGGAGUAUGAGGCACUCCCCGAGGGGCAGACAGCAUCCUGGGAUACAGCCAAGGAGGACGAGAACCGCAAUAAGAACAGAUACGGAAACAUAAUCUCCUAUGAUCACUCAAGAGUGAGAUUGCAGCUGCUGGAUGGGGACCCUCACUCUGACUACAUAAACGCCAAUUACAUCGACGGCUACCACCGGCCUCGCCAUUACAUUGCAACCCAAGGGCCUAUGCAAGAGACAGUGAAGGAUUUCUGGAGAAUGAUCUGGCAAGAGAACUCUGCGAGUGUUGUCAUGGUCACCAACUUGGUAGAAGUGGGCAGGGUAAAGUGUGUUCGAUACUGGCCAGAUGACACCGAGGUCUAUGGAGACAUUAAAGUCACCUUAAUUGAGACAGAGCCCUUGGCAGAGUAUGUCAUACGUACAUUUACUGUGCAAAAGAAAGGCUACCAUGAGAUCCGAGAGAUUCGGCAGUUCCACUUCACCAGCUGGCCAGACCACGGCGUUCCUUGCUACGCCACAGGCCUCCUGGGCUUCGUUCGUCAGGUGAAGUUUCUCAAUCCCCCAGAAGCAGGACCCAUUGUUGUGCACUGCAGUGCUGGGGCUGGGAGAACAGGGUGCUUUAUUGCCAUCGACAUCAUGCUUGACAUGGCAGAGAAUGAAGGUGUGGUAGACAUCUUCAACUGUGUGCGAGAGCUUCGAUCCCAAAGGGUCAAUCUGGUGCAAACAGAGGAGCAGUAUGUGUUUGUCCAUGAUGCCAUUUUGGAGGCAUGUCUCUGUGGCAACACAGCCAUUCCAGUUUGUGAGUUCAGAUCCAUAUAUUACAACAUCAGCAGACUAGAUCCACAGACCAAUUCCAGCCAGAUAAAAGAUGAGUUUCAGACUCUGAACAUCGUGACGCCGCGCGUGAGGCCAGAGGACUGCAGCAUCGGCCUUCUGCCGCGGAACCACGACAAGAACCGCUGCAUGGACGUGCUGCCCCUGGACCGCUGCCUGCCCUUCCUCAUCUCUGUGGAUGGCGAGUCAAGUAACUACAUCAAUGCUGCACUCAUGGAUAGCCACAAGCAACCUGCUGCCUUUAUUGUAACCCAGCACCCUUUGCCCAACACCGUAGCAGACUUCUGGAGGCUGGUGUUUGAUUAUAACUGCUCCUCUGUGGUGAUGCUAAACGAAAUGGAUGCAGCACAGCUCUGCAUGCAGUACUGGCCAGAGAAGACAUCCUGUUGCUAUGGCCCAAUUCAAGUGGAGUUUGUUUCAGCAGACAUCGAUGAAGAUAUCAUCAACCGGAUAUUCCGGAUCUGCAACAUGGCCAGGCCUCAGGACGGGUAUCGCAUAGUUCAGCACCUGCAGUACAUCGGCUGGCCAGCGUACCGGGACACUCCUCCUUCCAAACGCUCCCUCCUGAAGGUGGUGAGAAGGUUGGAGAAGUGGCAGGAGCAGUACGACGGGAGAGACGGACGGACUGUGGUCCACUGCCUGAACGGUGGUGGCCGCAGCGGCACCUUCUGUGCCAUCUGCAGCGUAUGCGAAAUGAUUCAGCAGCAAAACAUCAUUGAUGUGUUCCACAUAGUGAAAACCUUACGGAAUAACAAAUCCAACAUGGUGGAGUCGCUGGAACAGUAUAAAUUUGUAUACGAGGUUGCACUGGAAUAUUUGAGUUCCUUUUAGCCCAGCAGAGAAGGGAAGGGAGCCUCCAAAAUGCCAGGCCCCAAUCUCUGGCAGACACUUCUCUCUUCUCCCACACUGGAAGGCAGUGACACGUGUGGGAAGGGAAACCUCUCCUUCCCCGAGCAAGAGACUGGGAUUGCGCAGACCUCACCGGACAGAGGAGAUGCCGCCUGCGUUUGCUGCUGCCUGCUUUCUACCAGAACAUCUACUGCUUCUUAAAUAACCUCCUGUAAGAAUUAGCACCGAGGGAGACAGGCUGACAGACUGGACUUUCUAAUCCCCUCUGACUUCUCCUCUCCUCUCUUGGACUGUGUUUUUGCUCUCCUUGCCGCAGAGUGGGGAAGGAAUGAAACCCUUAGGAAAUUCUCCUUUAAAUGCCUCCUUUUUAAUUUAUAACUUUGUUCUCAAAUCCCAGGCUUUAAUUUUCUUAUUUUUUUUAUUUUAAUUUCAUGCAGCAGUCAUUUGGGAAAAAAUGAGCCAUAGGGGAUGUGUGAAAUGUUUCAUGACUAUUCGCCUACCUUAUCUGCUUCCUUUUACUCCACAUUUCCAGUUGAAAAGGUCAAUACACACACACAUAAAAAGAAGAACCACUGGAAUUCUCUUCCCUUUUGGCAUGAAAAUAGGUGGUGGAGAUGAGAAGCUGUUCAUGGAUUCACUGCCUCGGCUUCCUCCCACAUUUGGCCAGACCCAAGGCUGUGCAUGAACCGCUCACAUCUCUCUGGUCUGUCUUUGCUUUGGUGCUGGCGAAGCCAACACCGUGAAAGGAGUUUCACUUGAACCUUAAGGUUAACUAUUUGCAUCAAACAAAUUGCAUUUGUCUUGCAACUCUUGGUCAAUUUGUUACCAUCUUCUAUUUCAAGUACUUGCUGGGUGCGGUGUGUCUCUGAAAAACAGGGUAUGAAGUUGGAACUAUUGAUCAUAGAUACUAUGUAUUAUUAUUAUUCUUUUCUAUUUAUUAUUUGUAUUGCUGUAGAGCUUAGGACCCCUAGUCAUGACAGGACUCUGCUGAACUAGGCACUGUGCAAACAGAGAACAAAGAAGGUUCCUGCUCAAGAGUUUAAGAGCUGAAGGUGAUCUUGAAGUCAGGAUUGGUCAACAUUUCCUCACUGUGUCCAAGCUGUUGUGCAGUCAGAUGGAGCUGAGUGAUUCAUUCAGUUUUCCAGGCCCUACAGUCUUCAAAAUGUCAACCCAUCCAAGCUGUAGGAAAGGUGAUGUAGAUACCCAGAAACCUACUCUGACACUUGUUAAGAGAAGCAUUAGACCAGCACAGCAAAUUUCCUUCUUAAGCAAAAUGGCUUUUGUGUUGUUCUGCAAAACUGCCUGUGUAACUCUCCUGCUUGGAGACAAACACCAGAUGUGUUUUGCCAUGGCCCUGGAUCUCACUCUGACUUCUCAGCAGCUAAGAAAUUGCUUUUCUGAAAGAGUAUGUUUAAGUAGUUAAUCAUUAAGGUCUGCAGGGUAAUCUCAGAGAGAAAAAAAGAGACUGAACAAGGCCUUGUGAUACUCAGUACUUCACUUCAGCCCUUUAUUUUUCUUGAGGGUGCAGGGGUAUGAGGUUGUUCUGUGUAGAAAUUGGAUCCUGGGAGAUGUAGGUUUCUUCCAAUACAUACAUGCUAAAAGGUGGUCUGAAGGUAAGAGUUUAAGGAGGCUCCACUUUCUUACCACCCUGUAUUUCUCCACCCUCAGGUAUAUAUUUGGAGGCUGUGCUGGGAGCUCUGUCAUGCUGGUGGCUGGCCCAGAGCAUCCCUGAGUUGAAAUGUUUUACUCAUUCUUGUGUGCAAACUCUGCUUCGUGGUCAUUCUUGUUUCAAGUCAUACCUUUGCCUUGGCAAUGAAGGAUGAAAAUGAAAUCUGAUAAAAGCAGCUCUUGAUUCAACACACACCAGUAUCUAAGCAAACAGAUGUCAUCUCUACCAGGACCUGCAGCAGUCUAAGAAAGGAUGCUUGGAGCAGCAAUAAUCUCCUUCCUGCUAAGCAGACAAGAGGCUUCAUAGGGUGCUGAGCAACCUGAUCAUAUUCUUUCAGGGGAGCUUUGGAUUCUUGGCUUGUUCCAAGUGAAUAUCAUGAAGGUCUUAAAUGAGCUUGAACCAGGUUGUCUCUGAUGUAGCCAGCAUGCCAAAAAGUACCACCAGGAACCCCUCACAGGUGCCACUGCUCUGUCGAUUCUGCUGUCCACAAGAAAUGACAGAACCACUUUCAGUUCCUGUUGGGGCUGUAGCUAGGUGUCUGGUGUCUCAUGAAACAAGCUACUGUGUUUAGUUGUUUGGGUGGGGGGGUUGUUUGUUUGUUUGUUUUCCUUUCACCACUAAGCAACAUAACCAAUUCUACAGAAAAACAAUAGAAGGUAAAGCAAAAAAAUGGGAGGCAAGAAUGAGAAAGAAAGCAUAAUAGUAGUGUUUUGAUUACAGGUGGCUUGCUGUGACAGUGUAGGACAGGAGUUGGGAGCCAUUAGCAAAGAAGAGGGAAUCCUGAUCCCAGAAUGGGAUUGGUCAACAACUGCACAGGUAGGAAGAAACUACAAAUCAGCAAAGUGUUGGUGACUUCAUUAAUGCCAGGAAGCCAGAGGGAGUCACUCCCUGUGGAUCCUGUGGAAAUGUGAAUUAGUUUUUAUGGUUCUGUUUAUUUCAGAUGGAAACCAGCAGAGUGAUAGGUCCACCUCACGAGCUCCUGAGAGACUAGUGCAGGCACUGAGGGUCACAGCCAGGGAUGGAGAGGUAAAAGGAAUGACAAUAUGAUUGAGAUGUGAAGUGUUGGAAGGAAUUUGAGGCUUGGCUGUCAUGAAGGAAAGUGGAUUAAGAAGCUGUAAGUAAGCCCAUGGAGGGAUGUGUGCAUGGAGAGAAGGAGCUGUCAGAUGAGUGGAGCAGACUAGCCCUUGCAGUGGAGUUGUGUAAGGUCUUGAGGUAGGUUUGAAUGUGCUUUGUGAUGUGAAAAGUGCUGUGAAGAGGUCAGGUGCACAUAUCAGCUGACUCAUAACAACUCAUCAGGUGCUUUUAGCCCUGUGCAAAUGCCAAGGACAAGGAGCAAUGGAUGUAAAUUGCAGCAAAAGAGGUUCCACCUCAACACAAGGGGGAAUUUCUUUACUGUAAGGGUCCCAGAGCACUGGAACAGGCUCCCCAGAGAGGUUGUGGAGUCUCCUUCCACGGAGACUUUCAAGUCCUGUCUGGAUGUGUUCCUCUGUGAUCUGUGCCAGAUUGUGUGAUCCUGCUCUGGCAGGGGGGUUGGACUCAUGAUCUCCUGGGGUCCCUUCCAACUCCUAACAUCCUGUGAGCUGUGAGCCAAGGGAUGGUAACAGAAACUACAAGGAGAGGCACUGAAGCUAAAUUUUACCUUGAGUUUGUGAGGAACGAGUUUAGUGCAGACAUUGGUCACCACAGCCCAGCUGUUAGUCACAUCUUAUGUGGUAACUUAACUGUUUGCCUCAGCCUUCUAGUGCCCAGCCUGCCAUCCAUGUGGAAAGUUGCUCAGCAAUCAGCCCAGAUUAUGUUGCCAAAGUGUUUUAUCGUUCAGUCACAUGGAUUUUGGAAGACAGACCCAGCUUCAGCCUGUGCUGGGCCGGGGAUCUCGAUGUCGUUCUUGCAGCACAAAGAACAUCCACUGAAUGUGAGUUAAUGACAGGGGAAAACGUGUGGAGAGAGAAGCUCACUGUAAAUAAUCUUAUUACCUUGAGGUUGUUUAAAGCCUAUAGGAAAAUAGGUAAUGUGUUUGAGGUGAGAUUAUGGGUGAUGGGUUUGUUUUCUCUGGGAAAAAGGGAAAUUGAGAUGAGAUAAAGGAAGUCUACUCACUCCCGAAAGGAUUAGUAGUCAGAGUGAGCUUUCCAACAAAAGCAUCACCUGCUGUGGAUGGAAAGUGAUAAUGUACAUCAGAAAAGGUGAAUUCCUUAAGGAAUUUUAGGCUGGAAAAAUAUGAUACUGACAAUAUGUGAAUGGUCAAAAUAGAGAUAAAUAUAUUCCCACUGAGACAUCUUUCAGGAGUGAGGGAGCACUGCUUACUGAUAGCACUGUAUUGGUCUGAAGUUUAAUCUUAGAGGGCAUUAGAUGUAGAUGGGUGGUUCAGGGGUGACUAUCUCAUACAGGGGUAACUAACAAAUUAUUAAGGGAGGUAACUGAAGCAAAGAAUUCCAGAGCUAUCCAGGAAAAGGAAGGCCCUGAAUUGUCUGAAGGAAAGACCAAAACCCCCAAAAGGUACAGUAGGACUUAACAAUCUCUUUCUUUGUAAGGUUUGUGCUUGGUAGCAGUCUAUGGGUUUAGUGUUUAUAUAUAAUGAAGAUCUUUGCAGCAGCUGUGUGUUAUGCUGGCUCUUACAGGUUUUUCCCUUCUUCAGAUUGCCUGCAAGGAGAUGUGUGUUUGAUCUCCUGUAAACAGACUUGAGGUACUUGUUUAUUAACACAAAGAGAUGAGACCAGGCAAAGGAGCGCAGUGCACACGUGAAGGUAACUGAAUCAGGACCUCUGGUAGCAAGCAAGUGACAAUUUGGUGGGUUUAUUUGUCUGCAGAUUGAACUAAUUGGUAUUCUUUGAUGAGGGAAUUCUCUGGACUCUGGUUGGUAGGGGGCUUUUCAGUUUGUGAUUUAAAUUGCUUCAGCAAGAUUGCACAGAAUUAAGUCUGCUUUUGUCACGCUCUAAUAGGUCCCUCUUAAUUUAUUCACCUUUUAGACAUUUAUGUGAGCUGGAAGUAUCCAUUCUAGGCCACAGGCAGUUAACAGGACCUUUAGAGGUAGUCUGUGGGAUUUCCCUUGGGAAUCUCAGGCCAUGUAUUGCUGGUCACUGCUAUUGAUGUGCUGUAGGGUCAGAAAAGGAAUAGCAGCUCCUGCAGCAGGUGUUUCAGAAGGCAGUUACACCAACUGCCAUCUGAAAGAGGAGAGAAGAAGAAACCCAACAUUAUUGGAGAAGGCAGAUAAAAUGAUGGAGCCCUGAAACAGGUAUGAAACUUGCACCUUGUUCUGUCUCAUUCUUGCACAGCUGCUUUUAUAUCUUACUCUUCUGAGUUCAUGCCAAGAUAGUAAAACCCAAGUAAUGCCCCAUUCCACUCUGUGGAGACAGAGCACUCAGGCUGUAACAGGGACAAUAAAUCCUGAGGGACAAAGAUAAAAGGUUUGCCUGAGAGAGGAAUCUUCAAACAGGAGGUGCCUCUAUCUGUCACACUCACAGCAUUCUUAACGAAUCAUCCCAGAGCAGCAGGCGGUCCUGAUUGUCCUGCAUGUGUCAUGCAGGGGCAGUGUUCCACUCGGGAGACUUCCUUGUCCUGUAGUAAAAUCAAACAAGCACUCCAUUAGUUUUUAUGGCAGCUCCAGACCCUGUAAGGGGCAUCUCAAAACCUUGGUGUGAGCCUGCUGUGUUUUCAUUUGAGAUUCUUUCAUUUGUCUCAAUGUAGAAACUCCAUUUGAUCCCAGUUUGUUAGAAAAAUCGAGGGGGGGCAUCUGGCAAGAGUUGCUUAGCACAACCACCACCUCCAGGCCAAAAAUUCUGUAGAGCUGUGAAAUGCUAGAAGAAAUUCCCUGCACAUCCUCCCUGCGCAGACGUUCACAGUAGUAGAAAUAGGAGUCAGCUAAUUAAAGCUGGGGAGGCAGAAGUGAGUAAUAAGGAUUCUGUUAACCCUCCUGCAUUCCUAUUUAUUUAGAUUGCAGUCACAAUAUAGCCAUACAUAUGUAAUAUACAAUUUAAAUGCAAGUGCUCUUUCCUAUAGCUCUCCUUUCAUCCAGGGUGAGCCACAGCUUAGCGAGCAAAGCCCAACUUCUCUAGUUCUGGCCAGGACCACUAGGAAAAUAGGUCCUGUAUUAUCUGUUCAUUGACUUGGAAAAGGUAUAAAUCAUCUUCCUCAUUAUAUAUAUAUAUAUAUAUACACACACUUAAAGAAUGUAAAACUUGCUGUAACCACUGAGGAAAAUCACAGAUUUUCACUCACCACAACCAAAUCCUGGUGGUACUGAGUGCUUUGGAAAGAAAAAAGGAGCAAUCUUGCUGACUUGCAGUGACUUCUCAUCUAUCAUCUUGAUUUGCUGUGUUCAAACAUUUUAAACCCCUCCCUUGUAGUAAAUAAACUAUACUCAGAAUCUCCUGCAGCUUCCUAUUGGCCUAGCAGAACUGUGGAGCCCUGGCAGCCUUCUCAGUUUGUAGAACCACAAGAGGUCAAAAUUAGCCGCUCCAUCCCUGUCCCAGUGCAUGCAGCAGUUUUUUCACCACUGUUCUGUUUUCAACCUGAGCCUUAAAACAAAACAAAACACAAAAGAAUGCAGCAGAUGCUGGUGUUCCCACAGUAUUUCCUGGGGUGGGGAGAGAGAGGGGAAAAAAAAAAAGAGAGUGAAAUGGGAAAACAAGAAAUUCAGGUGUCUUCUUUGCACCUCAAUUCAGCAUGAGCUGCUUCUGAGCAGAAUAAACAUGAGCCUGCUCAUGUCACUUUGUCUGAAGCAAGGAUUUGCUUGUUGCAAGUUGAUGUCUUCUUGGGUCCAGUCUUGAUGCCUCAUGUGUAGGUAUCCAGCAGCAGAGUGGUUCUGCAGGGCUUGUCACAGAAUGAGUGAGAGCGUUUUGGUGGAGAUAUGCUUCGUGGAGAGACCUGAUACUCCAUAUGCUGCAACACUACUCUGGGGGGAACUCAGUGACAUCUCUCGAGCCUGUUGCACUGUGGAGAGUUAUUUCCUUGUGUGAGUAAAUCAUCUUUCGGUGGGCACCUCCAGAAAAGAAUGAGUGUGAAAUUAUGGGAAGGAGCACGUUUGGGGGGAUGGAAGUGGGAGCGUGGCCAACACUUUGCAAGCUUUGCUGAAUUAAGGUAUCUAAGAAGAUAUCUAACUGCCCAGGACAUGUGGUGGUCAGGUGUUUGCAUUGCUGAAAGUCUAACCAGACUUCACAUGCUGGACUUUCAUGUACUUGGAACAGAACUGGCAUUACUCCCUCAUCAGCCCUGUAGCCCUUUCUUACAUCUCCAGCAGCUGGAAGCUGUAUUUCUAUGCCAAAAGACUGAGCUGUGUCCUUACGGCACCCUUAAGCCCACACCGACUCGCCGCAUCGCCACAAUUCAUUCCCAUGUUGAUUUAAUCUCCUUCACCUCCUCCCACGCCCCUGCACCAGUGCUGUUGAAACUCAAACGUUAGGAGCAUCACUUCUUGCCAGACUUGCCCCUGCUCCUCACAGCGACGCUGUGGCUGCAUCUGGGUCAGCAGGCUCCUGUCCCAGCUCCCCGGAUGUCUUUUGCCAGCAGGGAGGAAUGCUGCAUGAGAGCUAGCCCCUGCUGUUGCGAUGCCGCCCUACCUUCCCCUUCUCCUCUGGCCUUUAUGGAUUACUGGUGAGACUCACUUGUACAGUUUGGAUGUUUGAUAGAUAAAGCACGUCUGGAAAAAAAAAAAAAAAAGAAAAAAAAAAGGAAAAAAAUAUAAAUACAAAACUCUCAACACUGUGCAUUCAGUGUCUUUUCUUUCUAGCUUCGAAGAGGGAAGGUAAAUAAUGUCAAGUCAACGAAUAUCAGAUAUAUUUUUUGACUGUACAUUACAGUGAAGUGUAAUCUUUUUUUUACAACUGCGAGUCCAUCUUAUUUAUUCUUGUAAAUGUUCCCAGACAAUGUUUGUAAUAUGGGCUGUGUUGCAAAUCCAUAAAAUAAAUCUGUGAUCUGAGAUUCAUGUUUUACUAA